UUCCCCAAAAUCUUCCCUAUAAAACUCCACACUCUCCACACUCUCAAUCAUAACAAAGAAAAUCCAAAAAUAUUUUCCCAUUUCCCCCACCCACCGUUGGAAGGAACCCGGAGACGCUUGCUUCACUCUCAUAUGGGAAACUGAAAAUUACGACAUCACCAAUCUUUUUGCCUUUUUUUUCUUUUUUUCUUUUUUUGUAUAAUCUAGUACAUAUUUUUCAUCUUCCGAUCCGUUCUGUAUAGUAUUCAAAAUGACCGACAUUAGCUUGGAAGAAAUCAAGAAUGAGAACAUCGAUCUUGAGCGCAUACCAGUUCAGGAAGUGUUUGAACAACUGAAAUGUUCCCGAGAAGGUUUGUCCUCGGAGGAGGGGCGCAAGAGGCUCCAACUCUUUGGCCCAAAUAAGCUGGAAGAGAAAAAGGAAAGUAAAUUUCUCAAGUUUCUGGGCUUUAUGUGGAAUCCACUUUCGUGGGUUAUGGAAGCAGCAGCUAUCAUGGCCAUAGCUCUUGCCAAUGGAGGGGGGCAACCACCGGAUUGGCAAGAUUUUGUGGGUAUUACUGCGUUGCUUUUCAUCAAUUCUACAAUCAGCUUUAUAGAGGAAAACAAUGCAGGCAAUGCUGCAGCUGCACUUAUGGCAGGACUUGCACCAAAAACAAAGGUCCUUCGUGAUGGGAGAUGGUGUGAGGAAGAGGCUGCAAUCUUAGUUCCGGGAGAUGUUAUCAGUAUUAAGUUGGGUGAUAUUGUUCCAGCAGAUGCUCGUCUGUUGGAUGGCGAUCCGCUCAAGAUUGAUCAGUCUGCUCUUACUGGUGAGUCUUUGCCAGUUACAAAAAAUGCUGGUGAUGAAGUGUUUUCUGGUUCCACUGUCAAGCAAGGUGAGAUCGAGGCUGUUGUUAUCGCGACUGGUGUUCACACCUUCUUUGGAAAGGCUGCUCACUUGGUUGAUAGCACAAAUCAAGUGGGGCACUUCCAAAAGGUGUUGACUGCCAUCGGAAACUUCUGCAUUUGUUCGAUCGCUCUGGGGAUGGUGAUAGAGUUAGUAGUGAUGUAUCCGAUUCAACAUCGUAGAUAUAGAGAUGGGAUUAACAAUCUCUUGGUGCUUCUCAUUGGGGGGAUUCCAAUUGCCAUGCCAACAGUGUUGUCGGUCACGAUGGCUAUUGGUUCUCAUAGGUUAUCCCAGCAGGGUGCUAUUACAAAGAGAAUGACAGCCAUUGAAGAGAUGGCUGGCAUGGAUGUACUCUGCAGUGAUAAGACUGGAACUCUAACUCUCAACAAGCUUACCGUAGACAAAUCCAUGAUUGAGGUGUUUGUUAGAGAUGUGGACAAAGAUACUGUGGUUUUGCUUGGAGCUAGAGCUUCCAGGGUUGAAAAUCAAGAUGCUAUUGAUGCUUGCAUCGUUGGGAUGCUUGGUGAUCCUAAGGAGGCCAGGGAUGGCAUAAAAGAGGUUCAUUUCUUGCCCUUUAACCCAGUAGACAAGCGUACAGCUAUUACAUAUAUUGACAAUGAUGGAAACUGGCAUCGAGUUAGCAAAGGAGCACCAGAGCAGAUUAUCGAGCUUUGCGACCUCCGUGAAGAUGUAAAGAAGAAGGCUCAUUCUAUCAUUGACAAAUUCGCCGAUCGCGGUCUUCGUUCUCUUGCUGUUUGCAGACAGGCGGUUCCAGAGAAGACCAAAGAAAGUCCAGGAGGACCAUGGCAAUUUGUUGGUCUCUUGCCUCUCUUUGAUCCUCCAAGGCAUGACAGUGCAGAGACAAUUCGAAGGGCUCUUCAUCUUGGUGUCAAUGUUAAGAUGAUCACUGGUGACCAACUGGCGAUUGGGAAGGAAACUGGCCGUAGGCUUGGAAUGGGCACAAACAUGUACCCAUCUUCCUCACUUCUUGGACAAAGCAAGGACGAGUCAAUUGCUUCCUUACCUAUUGAUGAGCUUAUUGAGAAGGCUGAUGGAUUUGCAGGAGUCUUCCCCGAGCACAAAUAUGAAAUUGUGAAGAGGCUUCAAGAUAGGAAGCAUAUUUGUGGUAUGACAGGAGAUGGUGUGAAUGAUGCCCCAGCUUUGAAGAAGGCAGACAUAGGAAUUGCAGUUGCUGAUGCAACUGAUGCUGCAAGAGGUGCUUCCGAUAUAGUCUUGACAGAGCCAGGGCUUAGCGUGAUCGUGAGCGCCGUUUUAACAAGCAGAGCCAUUUUCCAGAGAAUGAAGAACUACACCAUCUACGCCGUUUCCAUUACCAUCCGUAUCGUCUUGGGUUUUAUGCUUCUAGCUCUCAUUUGGAAGUUCGACUUCUCACCUUUCAUGGUUUUGAUCAUAGCCAUUCUCAAUGAUGGCACCAUCAUGACCAUCUCUAAAGACAGAGUGAAACCUUCCCCUCUUCCUGACUCGUGGAAGCUCCGGGAGAUUUUUGCCACUGGCGUUGUCUUGGGCUCCUACUUAGCAGUCAUGACUGUUGUUUUCUUCUGGGUUGCUAAUGCUACCGAUUUCUUUUCGGACAAAUUUGGUGUACGAUCAAUCAGAGAACAUGGUGGAGAGCUCACAGCAGCUGUCUAUCUUCAAGUCAGCACUGUCAGUCAGGCACUCAUCUUCGUCACAAGAUCCCGAAGCUGGUCGUUUGUCGAACGCCCUGGUCUACUCCUCGUGUUCGCUUUCUUCGUAGCACAGCUGGUGGCCACACUCAUUGCUGUGUAUGCGCACUGGGAGUUUGCAGGAAUGAAGGGAAUUGGAUGGGGAUGGGCAGGAGUGAUCUGGCUCUACAGCAUAAUCUUCUACAUCCCUCUUGAUAUUCUCAAGUUCGCCACUCGAUACGCAUUGAGCGGCAAGGCUUGGGAUAACAUUGUCCAAAACAAGACUGCUUUCACAACAAAGAAGGAUUAUGGCAUUGGCGAGAGGGAAGCUCAAUGGGCUGCAGCUCAACGCACUCUUCACGGCCUACAGCCUCCUGAAACAUCCGAGCUCUUCCAUGACAAAAACAACUACAGGGAGCUGUCUGAGAUCGCUGAGCAAGCCAAGAAGCGCGCUGAGGUUGCAAGGUUGAGGGAGCUACACACUCUGAAGGGGCAUGUUGAAUCGGUGGUGAAACUGAAGGGAUUGGACAUUGAAACAAUCCAACAACACUACACUGUUUGAGGACAGAGACACAUAAAUUUUCAGGCGCCGGAAGUUAGCCGGCCGCCGGAGAUAGCAACGGGACACAGAAAUCAGAAAGAAGAAGAAAAAGAAAUUUUUAUUUAUUUUAAUAGUGUUGUUUAUCUAGGCUGUGUUCUGUUGUUGAGUUUUGCAGUAGGAAAUUAUUAUUUAGGUGAUGGCAAUAAGUCACCGACACGUGUGAUUGUGAGAGUUGCAAUCCUAUGUUGGUGUAUAAACCCGACACGUGGGAAGUGGAUCGGGUCCUAUUAUUCCAUUUUUUUUUGUUUAUUUUCCUAUUAAUAAGUAAUAAAAAGAAGUAGCUUCUUUUUUCACUUC